CAGGGACUGAAGAAUCCACAGAAUGACUGCUAUACAGGGAGCUCUAUGGGCUUUGUUGUCCUGGCCUUGCCUCCUCAGCACCUGUUUCCUGCUCGAGUGUACGGACCAGGACCAGGUCAUCCACCCCUACUGUUUAUCUAUUUCACAGGAUAAGCUUCUGGAUAGGGUGAUCCAGCAUGCCGAGCUCAUCUACCAUGUCGCAGAAGAGUCAUGUUCUUUGUUUGAGGACAUAUUUGUCCCAUAUCCAUUGCGGCUUCAAAGGAACCAGGAGGCCACUGCGUGCUUUACAAACGCUAUCCCUAUUCCAAGCUCCAUUGGUGAAGUCCAGCAAAUGUCUGACAAAUGGUUGCUCCACUCGGUGCUAAUGCUGGUCCAAUCGUGGAUUGAGCCCUUGGUUUACCUACAGACAACAAUGGACCGCUAUGAUGGAGCUCCAGAAAUGCUCCUCAAUAAGACCAAAUGGAUGUCAAACAAACUUAUCAGUUUGGAGCAUGGAGUUGUCGUUCUCACUAAAAAGAUGCUGAAUGAGGGCCUAUUGACAACGAGUUACAGCGACCAAGGCUUGUUCCAAUACGACAUGCAGACUGAUAUGGUAGAAUCUGUCAUGAGGGACUACGUCUUACUCAGCUGCUUCAAGAAAGACUCCCAUAAAAUGGCGACAUUCCUCAACCUUCUUAAAUGUAGACAAACCGAAGAUUACAACUGUGCAUAAAAACAAAGUCACACACUUUUAAACUUGAUAAGUAUUUCUAGUAGAUAGCAUC